CUUUGUCGCAAAAAAUUUUCUGCUUUUUGUAUAGCGCCUGUUUUUUUUUUCAUUCCUCUCUCCCCUUUGAUUCUUCAGACGGUUCUUCAAAUCUUUUCACUUUUCCAGUUCGAAAGGUUGUGUGUUUGCUUCUAAACAUCGUUCUUAAGCGUUGCUUAUCUUAGCUCGGUCUUCCUCGUUGUGGAGUUUCACGGUUUUUUACCUCCAUCUGUGUGGACGUUGUUCAAUUAAGUACCACUGCUGGGACAUCGCACACUGAUUUAUAUCAUCGCCUCUCCUUUUUUGCAUAUAUUACCAAUCACGGUCCCUUGUUGAGACUCUGCCUUGAACUCGAUCGACACGUUGCUCCUGUCCGUGUGUCUGUCUGUGCUGAUUGGUUCUACUUUCGAUUCUUUGUUUAGCAUCUCUGUUGCCAUUUUGAAGCCACAACCAUAGAUUUUGACCCUUUUUCACAAUGCAAGACUACCAAAAGAACUUUCUCGACUUGGCUGUUGAGUCCAAGGCACUGAGAUUUGGCAGAUUCACUCUCAAAUCAGGUAGAGAGUCGCCAUACUUCUUCAACCUGGGUCUCUUCAACACUGGUAAGUUGCUCUCAAACCUGGCCUCCUCCUAUGCCAUCGCCAUCAUCUCUUCCGGGCUGGAAUUCGAUGUGAUCUUUGGUCCUGCCUACAAGGGUAUCCCAUUGGCUGCAAUCACCGCUGCCAAAUUGGCUGAGAUUGGUGGCUCCAAGUACGAAAAGGUUGCGUAUGCAUUCAACAGAAAGGAGAAGAAAGAUCACGGUGAGGGUGGCUCCAUCGUUGGAGCUGGCCUCGAAGGUAAGAGAAUCCUCAUCAUUGAUGACGUGAUGACCGCAGGGACCGCAAUCAACGAGGCGUUUGAAAUCAUUGGUGCUGAGAAGGGUGAGGUUGUCGGAACCAUCAUUGCACUUGAUAGACAGGAGAGAACCGUUGACUCUCAACAGAGUGCUACACAAGUGGUGUCUAAGAGAUAUGGAAUCCCAGUCAUCAGCAUUGUCACCCUCUCUGAUAUCAUUGCUUAUCUCUCUGGCCGCAUCUCUGAAGAGGAGAGAGAAAAGAUUGAGCAGUACCGUCAAGAGUUUGCUCCUGCAAACGUCUGAUGAGCUACUACAUACAUCUCAGUAUGUGUGUGUGUUUGUCUCUGUUUCUAAUCCUUUAU